AGACUCGUGUCGAAGGGGCACAAGACACUUGUCAUCUCCGCCAAGCCCUAGCCGGCGAAGAAGAAGAUCUACUUCCUGUUGCUUGGAUAUCUAAGAGAAUCAGUUUGGACUUUGGAUCAAUUGUUACCUCUCCUUUGAGUUCUUGAAUGAUGGGUUCUUAUAUGAAUUUUAAGAACUUUGGAGACACACCACAGGCAGAAGGCAGUGGGGGUAAGCCAGCAGGGAAUUUCUCGCUGGCACGACAGUCUUCCAUAUACUCUUUAACCUUUGAUGAGUUACAAAACACUUUGGGUGGACAUGGAAAGGAUUUUGGGUCUAUGAACAUGGAAGACCUUCUGAAAAACAUUUGGACGGCCGAAGAGACUCAAGUCAUGGCAUCCUCCACUGUUGGAGGAGAAGGGGGUAUCCCUGGUGGGAAUUUGCAAAGACAGGGCUCCUUAACAUUGCCAAGGACACUUAGUCAGAAAACUGUUGAUGAAGUCUGGAGAGACUUGCUUUACGAAAGCGGUAGUGUAAAGGAUGGGAGUGGCAGUGGGAUCCCCCACUUGACUCAGAGAGAACCAACUCUAGGAGAAAUUACAUUGGAGGAGUUCUUAUUGAGAGCAGGGGUAGUGAAAGAAGAUAUUCAACCAAUUGCAAGACCAAACAAUGCGGGAUUUUAUGGUGAAAUGUCAGGACUGAACAACAACAACAACACCGGUUUCUUUCUAGGAUUUCAAGAACCAGUUCGCAACCAUGGAGUGUUGGCUAACCAAAUUGGGGAGAAUAAUAAUGUGGUUCAGAACCCAUCUCCUAAUAUAGGGCUGAAUGUUGGUGGAGUCAGAACUUCUCAGCAACAACUGCAGUCACAACCGAAUCAGCACCCACAACCACUCUUCCCCAAGCAACAAACUGUGGCGUUUGCCUCUCCUAUGCAUUUAAACAACCAGCUUCCUAGCCCAGGAACGAGGAGUCCAAUUGUUGCAAGGGCAGAUCCUUCUAUGAACACUGCUCUAGUCCAAGGUGGUGUCAUACAGAGUGGAGCAAUGGGCAUGUCUGGUAUGGUUACUGGGGUUAAGACAAUUGCAGGAGGUUCUCCUGCAAACCAGUUAUCUCCAGAAGUGAUCGCUAAGAGAAAUUUAGUUGCAUCAUCACUAUUACCUUCUCCUUAUGCUUUUAGUGAAGGUUUACGAGGAAGGAAAAGCAGUAACAAUUUUGAGAAAGUGGUAGAGAGAAGGCGUAGGAGAAUGAUUAAAAACAGAGAGUCUGCUGCAAGGUCACGAGCUCGGAAGCAGGCCUACACUGUAGAAUUGGAAGAAGAAAUUGCAAAACUUAAGGAAAUUAACCAAGAGUUGCAGAAGAAACAGGAAGAAUAUGCAGAGAAGCGAAAAAAUCAGAUCAAGGAGAAGAUGAUUAUUCCAUGGGGAGGUAAACAACGUGGCCUGAGGAGAACAUUUACGGGACCUUGGUAAAACAAAUGGUGGUGAGAGUAUGGAAACACCUGGCGCUUGCUAAAAUCCGAUCAAAAUCUUGUUCCACACAUCAUAGUUAGGUGCAUGUAUAGAAGAAGCAAAGGGUGUCCUGCUGUAAUAUAUGAACCUGGGAUUAGAUGAAUCUUAUAUAGAUUAAGUUUUUCUAUUUGUGUGAUAUGUUUGCUUCUUGGUUUAGUGCUGAUGCAGGGUAUUGGCACUUGUGGAACUUGUCUAAUUUCAGGAGUAUUUAUGACCUUAGCAUCUUUGAAUGGCUAUGGCAUACUCUUUGCAUC